GUUGAGCUUAUACGACGUGUCUGAGUCUAGAUGACAGCCUACACUGCCUACACUAAGGUACUUUUAGACAGGCGUUUGUUUCCGUCCGGUUGCCCCGGCCGUGGUGUGGACAGGUGCCAUGGUGGAUCCGGCGGGCGGUGUCUGCUGCCUCCUUUCAGUUGCAUGUGCUGCGCUCCCGAUUGAUGAAUCUGCGGUGUCCACGGAGUGUCUCGUACAUACGCAAACCACAGCCAACAUGCGCACUUUGGUAUGUAGUGUACUGCAGCGAUGGGUGCUGACCUAUAGACUCUCGCCAAUCCUCUUCCAUGUUCAGAUCAUCACAUUGAGUAUGUGUGUAUUGUGCAGUCGGUGGCUUUGUUUUGUCUCACGGUACGGUCCUCCGGACGCACCGGCCGACCGCCUUUCCGCCGUCGCCAUGGCAGCCGAGCAUCGAGUUCGUCUCGUGCAGCGCAGAAGAAAACAAUCCCCCCGCCUCAGGGUCCUGCUCUCGCCGAAUCUUGUGCCGGUUGCUGAGGAAGUCACAACGCCACCUGUCAAACGGCCACCUUUUACUGGAUCUCGAAUCUCAGAGGUUUCUCUGAAUUAAGGUACCCUUGAGGAUCGGGGAGUGAAAAUCUGUUUUGCCUUUCUGCUGCUGCACUUGCUGUAAAAAUGGGAACUGAUUGUGGAGCAUGCCAUAAGCUGAGACGAGAAUACAGGAAACCUGCUCUGUCGUGUACGCAGCACACAUUUUCGCCUCAGCAUUGCAUUUCUCCAUCUCGCCAUGUAACCACGUUUACGAGACUGC